UUGCAAAAAACGGAUAAGUGUGCGGAUAACAAUGCGGAUAAGUGUUCACCCUAUUUUAUUUCAGUUGAAAAUGCUAUAUUUUUAGGUCAAUCAUAUUCACUGUCAUCAGAUAAGCCAUUUACAAGCAUUUCAACAUCUCUUUCAAACAGUUUGCUAAUUACUGGAUCGUUCGAUUCAACUGUGAGAUUGUGGGAUCCACGAAGUCACGAAGGAUCAUUGGUGAAGCAAUCGUUUACUGGGCACCAUGAUAAAGUUUCGUCCGUCUGUUGGAACAAGACAAACGAAAAUUUAUUCAUUUCAGCCAGUUACGACAAAAUAGUUAAAAUGUGGGAUAUCAGUGGCGGCGUGGACUGCUCAGUGAAGCUGUAUAAACGAAAUCCUUGAAA